GUGUGUGUGUGUGUGUGUGUGUGUGUGUGUGUGUGUGCACGCAUACAUCUGCUUCUGUCCAUUAAACCCAGAAAAAAAAAAACACGAUAAUAAAACAAAGCGGAGAGAAAAAGAAAGAAAACAAAUUGAGUUACAGUGGUGCCGGCGGUGUUGUCGUAAAUCAAGGCAAACACAACACUAAUGAGUGAAACACAAGUCCGCCAGAGGCACGCCAGUGAAGACUCGUGCAGUUUUUACACCCUCGCUAUCUGUGGCUGCGUGUGAGUGGCUGCGCACCAAACCGGUUCUCGUAAUAUAUCUGUAAAUUCAUAAAUCUAACUUGAAGCGGGUUUCUCUCCUCAUCAGAACACAGGUGAGGAGAACCACCGCCAAUUAACCUGUCGGUGCAACUUUGGCGGCCACACACGGGAGGAGAGACGGGCGGCGUGGCGGGAGGCGGUGGUGGGCUGCCGGGAUGAGUGGUGAGGUGAGUCGCGCCCCCACAGUGCACUCCCCGGGGGCGACGAUGAGGCUCGGGGCAUGGGCGUGGUUACUGUGCCUCGCCGUCACCGCCAGAGAGGGCAGCGGGGAAGGCGUGCUGACGAAGGGUGUGGUUGCCUACAACAGCUUCAAGCCCCUCAGACGCUCCCCCAGGGCCUUCUGCUCCCAAUCUAUCACCAUCACGCCCUCCCGCGAUGACCUGUACUGGCAUGUGGGAGGAGUGAAGGAGGUGUGGUGCUCUGUGGUGAAGCCAAACGAAACCAAUGUAGCUGCCGAAAACCUUGUCUUCUUUAAGAACAGUGAAGUUCUCCCACAUCAGAUGGUGAACAGCACAACCAUUGGCGUCACCCUGAACCUGACAGAGCCUGACGAGUUUAAGCUGAUAUGUACUGACAGGAAUGGCAACACGUGUGUGGCGCAGGUCAAGAUUGGAUACGAGCCGUUGGAGGUGAAGGACCUGAAGUGUAUCUCGCAUAACUGGGAGUCCUUUUCGUGUCACUGGAAUCUUUCUGACAACCCAGUGCAGGAAGAGGAAUACGUGCCUUACCUCAUAUCCACCGAGGACCCUUCAAAGAAAAACCUCUGCGGCUGUACCGACAAGGAUAGCCUGCUGGACGACACCUGCUCAUGCCGCGAAAACUGCUGCCUAUGGUCCGGCGAGCAGUACUUCAACACCGACCGGCAGGUGGUGGUGAUGUUCCAGGCCACCAAUGAGCUGGGCGACGCUAACUUCAACUACACCAUUGACAACUACGCCGUGGUGGUGCCCGCCAAGAUGUCCAACGUGAGCGUGGCGGGCGUGGCGGGGCGGCGCGAGGCGGUGGUGUGGUGGAAGCUGGCGGCUCCGAUGGGCACCUUUGCCGAGGCGGCCGCGGGCGUGGUGGUGCAGGUGGACCACCGCUUGGCCCAGGGCGUGGACUCACCACUAGUACCAGCACCAUCACUACCAUCAUCAUCAUCAUCAUCAUCACCAGCAGCAGCAUCACGAUCCUGGAUCCAGGGGGCGCCGCUGCCGUGCCACAACCACGCCUGCAAGACCGGCCAGCACACAAUCUCGCUGGAGUUCUGGUGGUGCCGCUUCGAAGUGCGUGUGCGCGUGCGCUCUGCCGCGGCUCCAGCGCCCUUGGAGGAGGACGAAUGGUGGUCAGACUGGGAGCCCCGCAACGUGACGACCCCGCCCUCUGCGCCCAACACCCCGCCGGCGGUGGGCCCCGGCACUUUCCAGGUGGCGGCGCGCGGGUUCCCGGGGCUGUGUGAUGUGACCCUCACCUGGCAGCAGGUGCCGCCGCUCCUCCACAACGGACCUGACUUCGGAUACCUGGUGCAGGUGUGCGGCGCCUCACGCGGUGGCGAGGGCGAGGGAGAAUGCGAGGGCGAGGGCGAGGCGGUGUUGGCGCAGGUCGCCGUCAGGGAAAGCUUCGUGGUGUUCCGCAACUUGUCCACCGCGGCGCCCUACACGCUGCGGGUGGCGGCAAGGAACAGCGAGGGCCACAGCGGCACCUGGGGGGCGGUGAGCGUGCCUCCCGACCGACCCGCGCUGCCCCUGCUGCCGGUGGUGGUGCAGCACGACAGGGCGGGGCAGGACACCCUGUACGAGCUGCGCUGGUAUCCCGGGGACGCGACGAGCCACACUGUGUACGUGUGCACUGGCGAGCAUGAAGGCACCAACCCGUGCACGGGCCAGCUGGCCUGGACCACCGUGGCCAACGCCUCAGCCGCCAACCUCACACUGCGGGACUUCGGGCUGCUUGGCGCGGCGGAGCAGGUGACCUUCGCCUUGUCGAGGGAGGACCAGGCCGGGACGUCCAGCGGCCUGGCGUGGGACCGCUGCUUCACCCCGCAGCCGUUCAACACAGCUCGCGAUCCGCCCAGUCCGGGGAAAGAGCCCCUUGCUGGAAGCUCGUGGGUGAAGCUGUCGUGGUCACUGGACUGCCGCUCGUGGGCGGGCGUGGUGGAGGCCAUGGAGGCUGCCUACUGCCGCGGCGCGCACCGCUACCCGUCCAACUGUACAGCGGUGGUGGUCGAGGCGCGGGACGUGUGGCAGAAGUCGUUCAUGUUGCAUGAUUUGGAGAGCGACGCGCAGUAUACGGCGUGGCUCAGGAUACUGUACCGCAGCGGCCUCUCACAGUGGUCAGAGAGCGUCACCUUCAGCACAAGCACGGCAGGUGUGAAGGCGUGGCUGAUCGUGGUGGUGGUGACGGUGGCCCUUCUCUCCACCGUGGCCGUCCUGCUCGUCCUCGUCUACAGCAAGAGGAAAUUUGUGGAUAAUCUGAAGAAGUUACGCCUGCAGCCUUCCCUUCCUUCUGGUCUUGUUCCUGAGGGGCAGCAGGAUUCUCGUGGCUGCGGCGGUGGCGGUGGCGGCGGCGGGGAGGGCGGCGCUGAUGGCAUCCCUGUCGAUAAAAACACUAUUUCGGGCCUCGUCAAGAACCCCAGUUACUCCCACAUCCUGCCCACAAUUUUCGGCAGGAGGCCGUCCUUGACCAUGGAAGAGGAGAGGGACAACGAGGUCAGCGGGCGUGGCGUGGCUUGGGGCGGCACAGUGGCGCCCUCUGCACACUACCAUCGAGGGGAGACUGACGACAACGCUCACAACGCAGCCGCCGAACAAGCCGCGACUGACGAGGGUGGCGAGUUCUCCUGCAGCGCCUCCUCCUCCACGUCAGAGCCACUGCUGAGGCGGCGGGCUCCUGGCUACGUGGUGCCUUACUUCCCAGAGAGUGAGAGUGAGGUCCGCGAUGCCUCCCCCACAGAGCCGCUCUUCCCGAGGAGUGAGGCGGGGCGGCAGGCAGGCGGGGGAGGGGGCAGCCUCGGUGGUGGUUGUGGUGGUUACGUUGCGCCAUCAGAGUGUCACUGGCUUCCCGGCACUUCAGGGUACGUGGCGGUGCAGCACGGGCACGACACUGGCGCCUCAGCUCCGGGCUACGUGCAGGCUGAUGCCUUUCCCACGCCACUGUCGCUCCUGGCGCGGCAGACGCCAGGAAUUGCCCCGCUGAGGGUCACUGGUAUGUGGGCCUUGACUCGCCGGUGGUGGGGGGUGACCCUGCACGCUCCCAGGACCCGCCAGACCUGA